ACAAAGCCAGGCGCCCGGCGGCAGCCCAAGCACGGCCGCCGGCAGCAGCAGCAGCAGCAGCAGCCAGCCUCAGCAGGCUGCUCCUGCCCUGCAGCACCCGACAGCACCCACAGACCCACCAUGGCUGCGCCCACAGCCACACAGCCACGGCUGCCGCACGCCGCCCCGCCGCUCCUGCUCCUCCUCACCGCUCUGGCCACCACCCUGGCCUGCCAACACCUCUGGACACACGACGACGCCUUCCCCGGCGACGCGCUCCGCCUCCUCCAGGACAUGGCUGCCAGCCACACACAGCCCUGCCACCUCCCAGAGCGGCCCUUCUUCCCCGACACCCUCCUGCGCAACAACCUCCAGCCGCAGCAAGCCGCCGCCGCCGCCCUACGCAUCCUGCAGCACCUCUUCCACACCCUCAGCUCCAACAGCACCCGCCAGCACUGGCCCAGCCAGGCUCGCCACCACCUCCUCAACAAACUGCAGCACCACAUCGACCACCUCGAGCAAUGCCUGCCCGACAAGGCCAUGCCCAUCAAAGGACCACGCAACCCGCUGCUCGCCAUCAACAAGUACUUCAGGGACAUCCACCUCUUCCUCCACGCCCACAACCACAGCGCCUGCGCCUGGGACCACGUCCGCCUCGAAGCUCGUGCCUCUUUACAGCACCUCCACAACCUCACACGCACCAUGCGCCGCUAGCGCAAAC